GGCGGGCGAAGCGGUGAGCGCUGCGGUAGUUUGUCCCCAGCAGCGACCCCUUCUCCCAGGCAGGUUGCGGCUGCAGCGGCCGCCUUGGCGGUGGCGGCAGCGGUGGCGGCGGGAGCCGAGCACUAGGAGAGGCCGGGGCCGGCCCUGCGGCCUGGAGGCCGCGAGAGGUGGAGGCCGGGCCGCCCUCCCGCGCCGCGGGAGCGGAGGGGAAGAGGCGGCCGCGAGAGAGCUCGGCCCGGCCGCCGGGAAGGUGGGGGACGCUCCGGGCACCUCCCGUCCUCCGGCCGCCGCCGCCCUGCUGGCCCUGCCGCAGCCGCCGCCCCCGCCGCCGCCCCCGCCGCCGCCGCCGCCGCCGCCUCCGCCGCCUCCUCGGGCUCCCUCCGCGGGCUCGACGGCCCCGGCCGGGGACGGCGGGCGGCGUGCGCGCCCGGAGCCUCCGGAGAUGGCGGGAGGGCACUGUGGCAGCUUCGCCGCGGCGGCGGCUGGCAGUGGCGAGAUCGUGCAGCUGAACGUCGGGGGGACCAGAUUUAGUACCUCAAGACAAACCCUUAUGUGGAUUCCAGAUUCUUUUUUUUCCAGUUUGCUGAGUGGACGAAUUUCAACACUGCGAGAUGAAACUGGUGCUAUAUUUAUUGAUCGAGAUCCAGCAGCAUUUGCACCCAUUUUAAAUUUUCUUCGGACAAAAGAACUAGAUUUAAGGGGAGUAAGUAUUAAUGUUCUCAGGCAUGAAGCAGAAUUUUAUGGAAUCACUCCAUUAGUAAGAAGGCUUCUCCUCUGCGAAGAACUGGAACGCUCAUCUUGCGGCAGUGUCCUUUUUCAUGGUUACUUGCCUCCACCAGGUAUUCCUAGUCGUAAAAUAAACAACACAACUAGAUCCUCUGCUGGUUCUAGGAAUGGAUUAAAUUCCACAGAAAGUGAAGCUCGGGGAAAUGGUACCCAGCCUGCUCUCUCUGGAACUGGAGAAGAGACUGUUAGGCUAGGGUUUCCUGUGGAUCCACGAAAGGUGCUAAUUGUGGCUGGCCAUCACAACUGGAUUGUAGCUGCAUAUGCUCAUUUCGCUGUGUGUUACAGAAUCAAAGAGUCUUCAGGAUGGCAACAAGUGUUUACCAGUCCAUAUUUGGAUUGGACUAUUGAACGAGUAGCUUUAAAUGCAAAAGUGGUUGGAGGUCCACAUGGCGACAAAGACAAAAUGGUUGCUGUUGCUUCAGAGAGUAGCAUCAUCUUAUGGAGUGUCCAAGAUGGAGGGAGCGGAAGUGAAAUUGGAGUGUUCAGCCUUGGUGUUCCUGUAGAUGCUCUCUUCUUUAUCGGUAACCAGUUGGUGGCUACGAGUCAUACAGGGAAAGUGGGAGUAUGGAAUGCCGUCACUCAGCACUGGCAGGUUCAAGAUGUUGUCCCUAUAACCAGUUACGACACUGCUGGCUCAUUCCUUCUGUUGGGAUGUAACAAUGGAUCAAUAUAUUACAUCGAUAUGCAGAAAUUUCCUUUGAGAAUGAAAGAUAAUGAUCUUCUUGUAACCGAGCUUUAUCACGAUCCUUCAAAUGAUGCCAUUACUGCGCUGAGUGUUUACCUCACACCCAAAACAAGUGUGUCUGGUAACUGGAUUGAGAUUGCUUACGGUACGAGCUCCGGAGCUGUGCGAGUGAUUGUUCAGCACCCAGAGACGGUGGGCUCGGGCCCUCAGCUUUUUCAGACUUUCACAGUUCAUCGAAGUCCUGUUACAAAAAUCAUGCUAUCUGAGAAGCAUCUUGUAUCAGUGUGUGCAGAUAAUAAUCAUGUCCGGACAUGGACAGUAACACGAUUCAGAGGAAUGAUCUCUACUCAGCCAGGUUCUACUCCUUUAGCAUCAUUCAAGAUACUGUCUCUGGAGGAGACAGAAAGUCAUGGAAGCUAUUCCUCUGGAAACGACAUAGGGCCUUUUGGAGAACGAGAUGAUCAACAGGUGUUUAUCCAGAAAGUUGUUCCCAUCACCAACAAACUGUUUGUAAGACUCUCAUCUACUGGGAAAAGAAUCUGUGAGAUCCAGGCUGUUGACUGUACAACAAUAUCCUCAUUUACAGUGAGAGAAUGUGAGGGAUCCAGUAGGAUGGGCUCAAGGCCAAGGCGCUACCUAUUCACAGGCCAUACAAAUGGCAGCAUUCAGAUGUGGGAUCUGACCACGGCGAUGGAUAUGGUUAGCAAAAGUGAAGAGAAGGAUGUAGGUGGUCCGACUGAAGAAGAGCUACUCAAAUUACUGGAUCAGUGUGACCUGAGCACAUCUCGCUGUGCUACUCCUAACAUUAGUCCAGCAACUUCUGUGGUUCAGCACAGCCGUCUCCGUGAAUCAAAUUCUAGCCUUCAGCUCCAGCACCAUGAGACUGUCCACGAAGCAGCUACUUAUGGUUCCAUGAGGCCUUACAGAGAGAGUCCUUUGUUAGCAAGAGCAAGGAGGACUGAGAGCUUUCACAGUUAUAGGGACUUCCAGACUGUUAAUUUGAACAGAAAUGUAGAACGAGCCGUCCCUGAAAAUGGUAACUUGGGUCCAAUACAAGCCGAAGUAAAGCGGGCAACGGGGGAAUGUAGUGUAUCGGAGAGAAAGUCUCCUGGAACAGAAGUAAAAAGUUUGAGAGAAUCAGAUAGUGGAUUGGAAGUGCAUAAAGUAGCUGAAGGUCUGGAAUCUAAGAAAAGGUCAUCAGAAGAAGAAAAUGAAAAUAAAAUGGAGUUAAGGAAGAAAGGGGGAUUUGAAGGAGGAGGAUUCCUUGGAAGAAAGAAAGUUCCGUAUCUGGCAUCAUCACCAAGUACUUCCGAUGGAGGAACUGACUCACCUGGUACUGCGUCCCCGUCUCCUACAAAGACCACUCCGUCUCCUCGGCACAAAAAGAGUGAUUCCUCAGGUCAAGAGUACAGCUUGUGAGAACUCACCAAAAUGAAUGGUAGUUUUGUUAAUUUAGACAGAAGUUGAAUACUUUACUGGAUUUCAGUACAUUAGCUUUUACACCAAAACUUUGCAAAUUAAAACUGGAGUUCAUUCAAUAUCUUUUUAAACAGAAUUACCUGGAGUAAGGAGAGAAAAUAAUUAUAUCUCUUUUGACCUUUUGGAAAGUUUUUUUAGUUUUACAAGUACAUUUAACAGAUUGUUUGUAAAAAAAAAAAAACAAAAAAAAAAACAAGAGUCCAUGUCAAUAUUUCGUUACUCUCCAGAUUUUGGAAGCCAAGUACUGAGUCUUAGUAAGAUAGUGCCCACAAUAGGUGAGCAUCCUUUGAGGGCACGGGGACCAACAGUGCGUUCCUAACCUUGAUAAUGCUUGAGAUUUGUCUUGCAAUGUUAUGUUAAGCGAAUCACCUUAAUUCUCUUUGGAAUUUAGUCUCCCAACACUUAUUGUGAUUGCCAGGUGUUUACCAGAUAUUUAAUGAGGUGCUAUGUUUGUGAAAAAAUAUCAUCUAAUUCAAAAAACACUAUUGAUGUUGAACACCAGAUAACACUAUAGUAGUCAGUCCCUUAGGGUAUUUUUUUUUUAAUUGUGGGUCAUUAUCUGAUUCUCGUUUUUGGAGUUCUUAAGUUUUACCAAGCAUCAUCCAUGUUAAAUACCCAACAUCCAUUUAAACUUCCUUUAAAGUUGGAGCAGUUGUCUGUGUUUGAACAGGUGAAGUAAAAAUAAUAAUCCAGGAUCGAGCUUUUGAGUGCCCAGAAGGGAAGCUGUACUAGUUGUUAGCCUGCCUUGUUUUAUUUAGGAUAUACCAUAUUUUUCCCCCACUGUUAAUAACAAAGAUAAUCAAGUUAGAAUGUGGCCAUUUUGUUAAGCUUAUGAAAUCGCAGUUCUCAAUUUUUGGUUAAAGGUUUUGGCUGCUGUAAAAGUAUUAUUUUAAAAUAUACUUUGAAUUGUAAGAACAAAAGACAAAUUUUUGUACUUUUUUCUUUUAAUUGGCAUCGUUUUCAAGUUUCUGCGUAUAGGGUAAUUGUAAAUUUAAAGCAUUAAGCAUUUAUUGAUGAAUAAUGUAUAUAUUCCCAUUCCAAGAAAUACAAGUGAGUGAAGCUGAAAUAAAUUCUUUAAAGUUUAUUGCUCGUGAUUUCACAACAGUUCUCUUGUAUUUAUUUAUCAAUUAAGUCUAAUAAAAACGAUUAAAUAAGA